UUGGCUACUGAACAGUCGACCUAGUAAUGUGUUGGCUAGUUCGAAUGUGUCGUACCGUGGCUCUUGAGAAUAUCAGUUAGCUUUGUCUGUCCGAAUUCCUUUUGUUUACGUGCAUGUGACAAUGUCUGGAAAAGCUGAGGAAUUUGCUGUAGACAAGAUUACUGAGGAUGUCAGUAAAGAUGCGGUAUCUAGUCAAGGCAAAAAGAAAGAUAAGAAGAAAACUGGGAAAGACGUAAAGCAGACUAAAGAUGAUAUUAAAGAGAAAAAGAUAUCAAAACAUGUCGCAAAAAUAAAAGAAGACCUAGCCAGGCAACGAGAGGAAGAGGAAAGACUUAAGCGAGAGCAAGAAGAGGAGUUACAACGUCUUGAAAACGAGCGAUUGAAGGAAGAAGCUAUUCUUGCUAGGGAAAAAGAGCUUAAACUGAAGAAAAAGCUAAAAGAGAAGGAGCGCAAACAACGUCUUAAAGAGGAGGGGAAGUUGCUGACCGAUAAGCAGAAAGAGGACCGACGCAAAGUUAUGGAGCUAUUACAGGCACGCGGUAUCGAGAUUCCAGAUGAUAAAUCUGAAGUUAAGAAAAGACCACAGUAUGGUAAACUUAAAAAGAAAACUGUGCAAGUCAAAAAGGAAGACGAAACUGUGGAGACACAGGAAGUAAUCAAGACUGAAGACCAAGAAACGUCAACGGAGGAGCUAAGUUGCUGGGAGUUGUUGGCUGAUACGCAUUUAAAAUCUCCAAGUGAAGAAAGUUCUGAAGAAACAGAAGAUUAUCUAAUCAUUGAUCAGCAACCUAGUCAUUCUGAGCAAGUGGAGACGUCCAUCGCUAGUGACGAGGACCUACCGGAAGAAGAAAAAGCUAGGUUGAUAGAGUUGGCUAAGCUUCGCAUAAAGGAACGUCAUGAAGCGUACGAAGCUGAGCGUAGUGAGCUCAAUCUGCGAGCAGGAGUCAUUUGUGUUUUGGGUCAUGUCGAUACAGGAAAGACUAAAAUCUUGGACAAACUAAGGAAUACACACGUUCAGGACAGGGAGGCUGGUGGAAUUACGCAACAGAUCGGUGCAACUAAUGUACCACUUGAAAACAUACUAACAGCUACACGUAUAUGUCCAUACUUGAAUCCUUCGGAAUUACGUAUACCUGGUUUGCUUAUUAUUGAUACUCCUGGUCACGAGUCGUUCAGCAAUCUCCGUGUUCGUGGGUCAUCUCUCUGUGAUAUAGCUAUCUUGGUGGUAGAUUUAAUGCACGGUUUAGAAGAACAGACAAAGGAAUCAAUCAAAAUUUUGCGAUCACGCAAAACUCCUUUCAUAGUAGCUCUCAAUAAAGUCGAUCGGUUGUAUGGAUGGAAACCUGAUCCGGAAACGUGUAUCGAAGAAGUAGUAAAAUCGCAAAAUUCAAUCACUCAAAACGACUUGUCAGACCAUCUAAAGAAAGUGAUUCAAGAUUUUGCGAUGAUGGAACUAAAUGUUGAGUUGUUUUACAAAAAUACUAAACCUGAAGAAUAUAUUAGCAUGGUACCGACAUCUGCUCAUACUGGUGACGGAAUGGGUGAUCUUCUUUCAUGUUUGUGUCUACGCUUGCAAAAUAAGUAUAGUAAGAGGUUGGCGUACACAGAAGAGUUGAGUGCUUCAGUUAUGGAGGUCAAAGAAAUUCACGGCUUAGGGACUACGAUCGAUGUAAUUGUUGUUAAUGGUCGACUUCAUGAAGGAGAUACUAUCGUCUUGGCUGGCCAGGAGGGUCCUAUAUGUACUCAAAUCCGUGGUAUUCUUCAACCUGCUCCUAUGUCCGAACUUCGCGUCAAAGGAAGUUACAAUCACCUGAAGGAAGUUAUGGGAGCUCAAGGUGUGAAGCUUAUCGCUAAAGAUUUAGAGAAAGCACUAGCAGGUCUUCCACUGUUUGUGGCAAAUGGGUUGUCAGAAGAAUUGUAUUACAAGGAGGAAGUAUGUCAUGGUUUAAAGCAUGCCUUAAAAGCUAUUUCUGUCAGUCCUUUAGGUGUAUAUGUUGUUGCUAGUACACUUGGAUCAUUGGAAUCUUUAUUGGUGUAUUUGAAAUCUGUUGAUAUACCGUAUUCAGGUAUCAAUAUUGGUACAGUGCAUAAAAAAGAUGUUAUGAAAGCAUCAGUUAUGUGUGAACGUGAACCAAAAUGGGCAGUAAUAUUAGCAUUCGAUGUAAGAGUUGAUAAAGAUGCACAAAAAUUGGCUACACAAUUAAAUGUGAAAAUUUUCACUUCAGAGAUUAUUUAUCGUCUUCAAACUCAAAUGGAAAAAUAUAUGGAUGAUUUGAAGACAGGAAAUCAACGUAAACAUCGUGAUUUAGCUGUAUUCCCUUGUAAAUUACGUAUAUUACCUGAAAUGAUAUUUAAUAAACGUGCUCCAAUUGUUAUUGGUGUUCGUGUUGAAGCUGGUAUAGUACGUGUUGGUACACCUAUAUGUGUACCUAGUCGUGAAUGUGUUCAUUUAGGACGUAUAUUUUCAAUUGAAAGUAAUCAUAAACCAGUUGAUGAAGCACGUACUGGAAUGGAAGUUUGUAUACGUAUUGAUCCAACUGAUGGUGAAACACCAAAAUUAUAUGGAAGACAUUUUGAUUUAAAUGAUUUAUUAGUUUCAAAGAUAAGUCGUGAAAGUAUCGAUGUAAUGAAAGAAUACUUCCGUUCUGAUUUGAAAAAAGAAGAUUGGAAACUAAUGAUUGAAUUGAAAGAAGCUUUGGAUAUUUCUUAGUAUUCAAGGCUUUACUGCCAUUAUAUUGUACAUUGUCGAGUACUUAUGAUCCAGUUAUGAUGAAUGUGAACUGUCUUUUAUCAUACUUUUGACAGUUUUUUUUUAAUAUUUUGUUGUCUUCAAUCUUAUUGAUCAGAAAUUACAGUUUCUCAUUCCCUUCCCCCCUCCCUUUCUUCUGUUGAAGUUUCCAUGGAGUAUGGUCAUUUACUAUUAUUUACAGUAAAUGUAUACAAUUAUAAACUAUUUACUUGGAAACUGUUUAUAUAGAUUGUUAUGAUUAUCAUUGAUUGCUCGUCAAAUGGUUGCUCAUUGUGUAUAGAUACGUAUAUGUAUGUAUAUCAUUAUUGUAUAGAUAUGUUAGUUAUAUCAAUGUUGAUAUGUAAAAUAAACUAAACUAAAUAUGACUUACACUUGAAAAUAUACAACUUAGUGUUGAUAUUGUCUAUAUACGAUUUCUAUUUUCUUUCUUGUUGUGAGAAAUAUUUGCUUAUUGUAU